UUGUUUUUGUUCUAUCUCGUCUGCUGUGCUGCCCUCCUGUUUCGGCAUGUUUGACAUGGCACUAGUUCUUGAAUAUUUGAAUUAGUACUGUUUUUCGCACAAUUUAUUUCUGUAAAAUUUUUUGGCAAUAAACGUUAAAAGUGUGGAUGCAAAUUAGCAGAUUGUUCCAAAAUGUGUACUGGAGUACAAGAUAUCUGAAGUAUUCUUUUACAUUCCACCCAAUAAAAGUUACACAUAAAUUAUCACAUAAAUUAUAUUUUCUCAUAAGAUUAUCUAUGGCUAAUAACAGAUAUUGUAUAGAUCUUGCAAAGCGAGGUACUGCUGGAUGUAAGGAAUGCAAUAAAAAAAUUGAUAAGGGACUCGUUAGAAUUGCAAAGAUUAUUCCCAACCCUUUCACGGAGAGUGGAGGUGAGAUGAAGCAAUGGUUUCAUGUACGAUGUAUUUUUACUAAACUUUCAAGAGCAAGAGCUACUACGAAAAAGAUAGAGAGCACAGAUGAUCUUGAAGGUUGGGAUGAUUUGGAGGAAGACUACCAACCAGAAGUCUUAAAAUGUUUAGAAGAAUUUUCAUCAAAUUCACCUACAAAGAAAACACCUACGAAGAAAACUCCUGGAAAAGCAAAGACAGCAGAAAAUGAUGAUAAUGAUGAGCCAUCUAUGUCAGAUGAUGAAAUAACACAGGUGGAAGAUAACUCUUUCCAAAGAUUCAGGAAAAUUUGUACAAAACUGGGUAAACAUCCUAAGUAUACUGACAAGACAGCAAUUCUUGAGGAGUUUUUCACUAAAGGUUCUGAUGGUGAAAGUUUUAAAGGGAAUUUGUACUUAUGGGUUAAAAUGCUUUUGCCAGCUGUUGAGAAACGAGUUUAUAACUUGCAGACUACACAGAUACUUAAGAUUUUCAGCAAGAUUUUUCAAGCGUCAAAAGAGGAAAUGGUUGAUGAUUUACAAGAGGGUGUGGGAGAAGGUGAUGUUUCUGAAACCGUUAAAAUAUUUUUUGAGCAGUCAAAGUCUUUUAAACCUCAAGAGCAAAGUACAUUAUAUUUACAAGAUGUUGAUAAAUAUUUAGAAGAACUCUCAAAAACUGGCCAAGAAGUUGAGCAAACCAAUAUUUUAACUAAAGUUGCAAAGAAGUGUACAGCAAGUGAUUUGAAGUAUUUUAUUCGGUUCAUUAAGCAUGAUCUUCGCAUAAAUGCUGGCCCUAAACAUAUACUAGAGGCUAUUCACCCAUCAGCUUAUGAAGCUUUCCAAGCUUCUCGAAAUCUAAAGGAUAUUGUAAAACGUUGUUCGAAAUUGGGGAAAAAAGGAAAUUUGCAGAAGAAACUAGAUGUUCAAGCAAACUUGAUGACACCUGUGUUGCCCAUGCUUGCAAUGGCUUGUAAAGAUUUGGAAGAACCAUUCAAACGAUAUCCCAAAGGCUUUUAUGUUGAAGUCAAAUAUGAUGGAGAACGAGUUCAAAUUCAUAAAAGAGAUAGGGAAUUCAGCUAUUUCAGUCGUAGCUUAAAACCUGUCAUGCCACAUAAGGUUGCCCACUUCAAAGAUUAUAUACCUAAAGCUUUUCCAUAUGGCAAUGACUUGAUAUUAGAUUGUGAAAUCCUCUUGGUUGAUAAUGAUGGUAAGCCUUUGCCUUUUGGGACAUUAGGAGCUCACAAAAAAACUGCUUUUAAAGAUGCAACUGUUUGUCUGUUUGUGUUUGAUUGUCUACAGUUCAAUGAUGAAAAUUUAAUGCAAAAACCCCUAUUUGAAAGAAGGAAAAUACUUGAAGAAAACAUGCAACCAAUUAAAAAUCAUAUUAUAUUUUCUGAGUUGAAGGAAAUAGAUAGUAGAAAGAAACUGCAAACUAUUGUUGACUCUGUAAUUGAUCAAGGAUUAGAAGGAUUAGUUAUCAAAGCUAAGGAUGGAGUGUAUGAACCAGGAAAAAGACAUUGGCUGAAAGUUAAAAAGGAUUAUCUUAAAGAUGCAAAAGGCAAAGGCAUGGCUGAUUCUGCUGAUCUUGUUGUGUUAGGUGGAUAUUAUGGUACUGGAAGAAAAGGUGGCAUUAUGUCUGUUUUCCUAAUGGGAUGUUAUAAUCCACAAACAGAAAAAUGGUGCACAGUUACCAAAGUACCUGGUGGUGAUGAUGAUACUUUAAAUAAGUUGCAAAAGAGUCUAAAAAUGAUAAAAAUUAGUAAGGACCCAUCUCAAGUUCCACAUUGGUUGAAUAUAAACAAAGCAUUGAUUCCAGACUUUGUAUCAGAAAAUCCAAAGGAAUCUCCUGUGUGGGAAAUAAGUGGGGCAGAAUUUUCCAAAGCUGAAAUUCAUACAGCUAGUGGAAUUUCUAUUCGUUUUCCUCGCGUUAGCAGAGUGAGAACAGACAAAGACUGGAAGACUGCUACUAAUCUGAAUGAACUUAAGAAACUUUUUGAAGCCUCUAAAGAAAAAUCGGAACUUAUUGGUUUGAAAACUGGAUCUGAUGAUGAUGAUGGUGAAGAUGGAAAUAAAGACAGUAUUGAUAAAGGCAGUGCAAGUAGUUCAUCAUCAUCUGGAGAGACCCCAAAAAAGAAGGCUGAUGAUAGUGGGAAAAGUGUGACAAAGAAAAUGAAAACUAGUCAUGAUCCUUCAAAGAAUGAGAAGACCAAAUCUGAAGCUUCUGAGAAAACUGAUAACAAGAAAAAGAACUCUGAAGAUAGUUCACCUUCAUCUAAAAAAAAAAAACUUGAUGACAUGGCAGAAAAAAUUCCUAAAAAGGCACCAACAAAAAAAUCUAUACUACCGGAUCUGUUUACUGGUGUAAAACUUCACAUUCCUUCAUCUGUAGAAAAAUCUGAAGAUUUACGCCGCUAUUUCAUCGCUUAUGAUGGUAGUAUAUUGAAAGACCAUGAAACCACGGAAGCUAGUCAUGUGAUUUAUACCAGUGAAAACAGGAAUGGGUCCAUUCCUAAAAAAGCAGAAAAAGUCACUGUGGAUUGGCUUUGGGAUAGCAUAAAAUUACAAAAGAGACUUCCUACGAAAAUGUAUAAACCAAAAUCAUAAAAUUGACAAUAUUAAAAGAUACAUUUAUAUUUUCAGAAUGUGUAUAUUUCUCACCUUUUAACUUCGUGUAAGCUGCAUAUUUUUUU